CACGUUGACCAUGUACUUCCAGCAAGCGUGGCGGGAUAAGCGGCUCUCCUAUUCCGAGAUCGCCUACAACCUCACUCUGGACAACCGAGUGGCCGACCAGCUGUGGGUCCCGGACACCUACUUUCUCAACGACAAGAAGUCCUUUGUGCACGGCGUCACUGUCAAGAACAGGAUGAUCCGCCUGCAUCCCGACGGCACCGUGCUUUAUGGACUCAGGAUCACCACCACUGCAGCCUGCAUGAUGGACCUGCGCCGUUACCCUCUCGAUGAGCAAAACUGCACCCUGGAGAUCGAAAGCUAUGGCUACACAACAGAUGAUAUCGAGUUCUACUGGCGGGGAGGAGAAGGUGCAGUAUCCGGCGUCGACAGGAUCGAGUUGCCUCAGUUUUCGAUCGUCGACUAUAAACUCAUCUCCACGAAGGUGGUCUUCUCCACAGGUUCCUAUCCCCGCCUGUCCCUCAGCUUCAAACUGAAGAGGAACAUCGGUUACUUCAUCCUGCAGACAUACAUGCCUUCCAUCCUGAUUACCAUCCUAUCCUGGGUCUCUUUCUGGAUCAACUACGAUGCCUCUGCCGCCAGAGUGGCCCUGGGGAUCACCACGGUGCUGACCAUGACCACCAUCAACACUCACUUGCGAGAGACGCUUCCAAAGAUCCCCUAUGUGAAGGCCAUCGACAUGUACCUGAUGGGCUGCUUCGUGUUCGUCUUCCUCGCCCUGCUGGAGUACGCCUUCGUCAACUAUAUCUUCUUUGGCCAAGGCCCGCAGCGGCAGAAGAAAGCGGCUGAGAAGGCGGCCACGGCCAAUAACGAGAAGCUUAGACCUGACCCCAACAAGUGGCUGGUGGGAAAUGUAGUUCAGAGAGAUGAUGCUCUGUAUGCCAGAAUGAAACAGAGGGAAAUUGACGCGUAUGACUCGAUGUGGGAUCCCAUCUUUGUGGACGAUGCCGCAUUAGGACUAGGCGAGCAAAGAAAUAAGAUGACUCCCGACGACAACAUCCUGUUCAGUACCCUGGAGAUGAAGAACGAAAUGGGGGGUGCCGGAGAUCUGUCCCGAGGCCUGGGAGCGCCCGGAGAUCCCCGCAACACUAUGCUGGCUUACGACAGCUCCACGCUGCAGUACCGCAGGGCGGCCAUGGCCCGCCAGAACUAUGGCCACAGCGCCUUGGAGCGCCACGCUCAGAAGAAGUCGCGCCUACGGAGACGGGCCUCGCAGCUCAAGGUCAACAUCCCGGACUUGUCCGACGUGAACUCUAUCGAUAAGUGGUCCAGGAUGAUCUUCCCCACCGUCUUCUCCUUCUUCAACGUGGUCUACUGGCUCUACUACGUCCAUUAAGCUCGGCGGCCAUCUCCAGGCCGUCUCACGAAGAUGGGGAGCAGGGGAUUCAGAUGGAAUAAAGAAUUAAAGAGAGAUGAACGGUGCGCCACCUUUUAGCGGGUUCAUUUUAGACGACGUGAAGAGAGUGCAAAGACAUUUUGGACAGACAGCGGCAGCAGCACCAACACUGAAGUGACUCUUUUAGCAUUUGGGAAACACCUUCCAUGGAUUGGACAAACACUUUAAAAACAAGAGUUUUAAAAAGGACAGUGAUGGUGCAGGAAUUUCAAUAUAUCACUAUUUGUCAUUCGUAGCUUACUCUCUGUGGAUCAAAUAUUUAUGCUUGUGUUUGCAUAUACUUUAAGGAUUUGUUUUGUUUAGUAUCUAUUUACUUCGUAGCCAAGCCGUCUGCAUCCGGGAAAGCUUUAUAAAUGAUUUCAAAGGAGUCAUCCUUGAUAGUCUAUUUUCCUAUAAUUACUGUAAAUCCUAAACAUCCUUUGAAGAGCAUGCUCACGCUUGAUUUUCUUUGCGUCUCAGUUGCGAUGGUGAUGAUAGUGAAGAUGGCGUGGAAGGUGGAAUUGGCAGUGCCAAUGCCGGAUAGAAAAGGAAAAACACGUCAUGGACAUCUGGUGAAGGAGUUGUUGGACAUUUUGACCUUUCUGUUUUUGCUUUUGCAGCACGGACCAAAUCGAGUCCGUUUCACCCUGUUUAUUUUUUGAAACAAAAAAGGACAUUCGACUCGUCCUUACAUUGUGCCAUGGUGAGAAGAGCUUUAGAGGAGGGGAAUGGCUUUAACGGGACAAUCGAGUGGAAGAAAUAUGAAUCGGCUGUCCUUUCAUGACAAUGAGUUGCUGCAUAAAUAUGGCAAUCCACAAUCAUCUUUAUCAGUAGAAUUGAAUGAUAGAAGUAUGAUACGUUUCAUUGUGGUUAGGUUUCUGUUAUGAAAAAAAAAAUGUAGAUAAAUACAAAUCAUGUUAAAAGAAAGAGAUGAUUCAUUUUUAUAAAUCAGUACUCACAUUGUGUAAAUAUCAAUUUAUUCUAUUUGACUGUCGUUGUUUUGCAGUUGAAUUACACAUCAAUAAUUUUCCAGGCCGUCAAAAAAAAAGGGAAAAAAAA